AAAUUAUAUGCGAAAGCGAUUUGGCAUAUAAGAUUAUUACAGCAACCGCUUUAUUGAAUCAAUUACCAAAUCAUAAUUUUGGUAUCUUAGGACUAAAUAAUAUUUUGGUUUGCUUUGAUUUUCAAGUUGGUCGCAGCGUGUUUAUAAAUUAUAAAAUGGAAGGUGUUCAUGUUAUAACACAAGACUUUUUAAAUGUGCAUAUUACUAAAUCCGAUAAUGAAAGUGUGCCUCCUAUCGAACGGAGGUUUAACAAAGGUAUAACAGUGUUGGAUUUUAAGACCAAACUGGAACUGGUUACUGGAGGAACAGCAAGUACCAUGAAAUUGAAAGUGUAUGACAACAAGAACAACUUUUUAUGUGAUAUUGACAAUGAUACUGCUUUGCUGGGGUCUUAUCCAAUUGAAGAUGGCAUGAGGAUCCAUGUCAUUGACAAGUUUGCCUUAGUUCGAGAUUUUGAUGACUCUGAUAGUGCAGAGAGGUUCAAGUUAUCGGAAGAAGAAUAUGAAAAAAAGGGUGAUACACUUAGAUCAUUUCUACAAAAAAAUAAGCUUGGGAAAUAUAAUGCAGAAGAGAUGGCUAAGAUGAAAGAGCAGCAGGAAAAAGAGUUAGAGGAAGAAGCAAAGUUAGCCGAGUCAGUAUUAGUUGGUGCAAGGUGUGAGGUACGUGUACCAUCCCAACCUUCCCGAAGAGCUACUGUUCGCUAUAAUGGUCCAUUGGAAGGAACAAAAGGCUUGUGGAUUGGAGUACAAUAUGAUGAACCGAGAGGAAAGAAUGAUGGAUCAGUCAAUGGUAAAAGAUACUUCACUUGUCCACCUAAGUAUGGAGGUUUUGUAAAACCAGUUUAUGUGACUGUUGGAGAUUUCCCUGAAGAGUCAUUUGAUCUAGAAGAUGAAAUAUGAUCUAAAACCUAAUCUGCUUCUUAAUGCUUUUUAAAAUUGAUUUGCGUGCAAAGUAAUAUAUAAUUGCUUAUAUCUAAUCAUGAAUUGGACGGAUUAUUAGUAAGGAGGGACAUAGUUUGUAACUAAUACAUAAAAUGUAUUAAGUGCGACAUAACCGCAUUUGUACUUCUUGUUUUUACGAUGCAGUACAAAUAGGCUUUGGCGUCUCUAAUGUCCCUUGUGCGAAGGUUAUAAUAAUAAUAUAAAGAUGGAAGACUGAGAACUAAUAAUAUUUUUGCAUGCCUUCAUUAUAUUCAUAAUUUCUUAUUUUAGAUUUUAACUAUUUGAUUAUUUUAUUUUAAAGUAGCCUUUAUAUUUGUAGAAGAAUCUCAGGCAAUAUCAUGAUUUAUUUUUUAAUAUUAGUUUUUUUACUAAUAUUUUGACACCCAGACAAUGUAAUAGAGCUUUUAUAUGUUUUCUUUAACAUUCCAAUUUUUCUUUAUACCUAUACAAAAUGAUUUUUGAAUAAAACAGUUGUUAAUGCAAGAAUAAGUCUCAAUAAAUUAAUCAAGGAACUACAAAGGUACCAAUCUACUAAGUACCCUAAAUAUAUUGUAAAAAAGCUAAGCUUAGUACAAGUAACGGGCUAAUAAAUUAUAAUUUUAUU